UCUACAAUUCCCAUACUCUCUCCUCUACCUUGUGUAGAACCCUACUCCUCGCCUAAUGGGGAAUGCAAGCAUGGCCAAACCACCAGUGUCACCAACUCCGUCUUCCUUUUGAAGAGACAGACAGAAACGAACGGGUUAAGAGCUUCUGCUUUAGGCUUUUACAUAUGCAUUACCUUGUUUGAUCUCCAAUAAUGCUGAGGAGAAGCCAUCCCCAUCGACUCUUCUUCUUCUUCUUUGUAUCAAAUGCCUCUCUUUUGCUGUCAUUUUGCACCUUAGUUGCUUCUAACAGGAGUUUUCUCACUCCUCCUCCUCCUCUCCACUUCGCCCGACCCCAAGAUGCACUCGCUCUUCUGGCAUUCAAAUCCAAAGCCGAUCAGAAUGGUAAUCUUUUCUUCUCCCCAAAUACGAGCUUCCAUUUCUGUCAAUGGCGAGGAGUCGAAUGCGUGAAACAGAAAGUUGUUCGCCUUGUCCUCGAAGGUCUAGAUCUAGGUGGAGUUUUCGCUGCUGACACAUUGUCUCGUCUUGACCAGCUCCGAGUCCUGAGUUUGCAGAAAAACUCGCUCACCGGACUCAUUCCUGACCUCUCAGGUCUCGUUAACCUCAAAGCCCUCUUUCUUGACCAUAACUCUUUCACGGGCUCUUUCCCACCUUCGAUCCUAUCCCUACAUAGACUACGAACAAUAGAUAUUUCCUACAAUAACCUCACCGGACCGUUACCGGCCUCGCUGGCCAUAAUAGACCGGCUUUCCUACCUCCGUCUCGAGUGGAAUCGGUUCAACGGAACCGUUCCUCCGCUCAACCAGCCCUCCCUCCAAAGUUUCAACGUCUCGGGAAACAAUCUCUCCGGUCCUGUCCCAGUUACAGCUACUCUGGUACGCUUCGGUCCAUCCUCGUUCUCAUGGAACCCCAAUCUCUGCGGCGAGAUCAUAAACAAGGAGUGCCAUCCCGGCUCGCCCUUUUUCGGACAAUCGGCGCCGUUGGCUUCUCCGCCGCCAUCGUCGUCGCUCGGUGAAAGCGCGCAAGUACACGGCGAAGAGUUGACCCACCAAGCGUUUCGAAAGAAGCACAAGAGGACCGCCGUGAUUGUGGGGUUCUCAGCCGGUGUUGUGGUCUUCAUCUGUUCCCUUGUCUGCUUCGUGAUGGCCUUGAAGAAGAGAAACAAGACAGAGUCGUCGACGCCUGCAACGGCUUCGGAGGACGAGGCGGCGACGGCUCAAGCCGCGGCGGUAAUGCAGAUAGAGCAAGAGAAGGAGCUGGAGGAGAAGGUGAAGAGAAUGCAAGGAAUGCAAGUGGCAAAGAGUGGGAGCUUGGUUUUCUGCGCAGGUGAGGCGCAGCUGUAUACGCUGGACCAGCUGAUGAGAGGUUCCGCAGAGUUGCUGGGAAGAGGCACCAUUGGCAGCACCUACAAGGCAGUGUUGGACAACCGGCUGAUUGUCUGCGUGAAGAGGCUCGACGCCGGGAAAUUAUCCUGCACAAGCAAGGAAGUUUUCGAUCGGCACAUGGAAUCGGUGGGAGGACUUCGGCAUCCAAAUCUGGUUCCGCUUAGAGCUUAUUUUCAUGCAAAGGAAGAAAGGCUUCUGGUUUAUGAUUACCAACCCAAUGGCAGUCUCUUCUCCCUCAUUCACGGCUCAAAAUCCACCAGGGCAAAGCCACUGCAUUGGACAUCAUGCUUAAAAAUAGCAGAGGACGUAGCCAAAGGCCUCGCUUACAUCCACCAAGCAUGGAGGCUCGUCCAUGGCAAUCUCAAGUCCUCCAACGUCCUCCUCGGCCCUGACUUCGAGGCCUGCAUCUCUGACUACUGCCUCUCUGUCCUCGCCAACCCGACCUCCAACGAAGACAACGACUCCGCCGCAUGCAAAGCCCCAGAAACUCGGAACCCAGCUCAGCAAGCAACCUCGAAAUCCGACGUAUACUCGUUUGGGAUUCUGUUGCUGGAGCUCAUCACCGGGAAGACACCAGAACAGCUGCCACAUUUGGUGCCAGGAGAGAUGGUGAAUUGGGUUAGAUCGAGGAGGGAAGAAGAUGGUUUUGGUGGGGUAGAUAAUAGAAUGGAAAUGCUUGUGGAGGUGGCCACUACUUGUAGCGUAAUCUCGGCUGAGCGGAGGCCCACUAUGUGGCAGGUAUUGAAAAUGUUACAUGAGAUUAAAGAGAGUGUAUUAAUGGAGGACGGUGAAUUGGACCCCCAAACACAGGUCGUGCCCUAGUAAUUAUAUUAUUUGUACUGCUUUCCACCAGUGAUUCAUAGAAAAUACACAGAUGACAGCAAAUGCAAUGUUUCGUUUC